AUGCCACCUUCUAUUUCCCUCACUUCUUCCUCCUCCAGCUCUUCAUCUCGUCCAUUCCAUCUAUCACUCUCACCACUUUCCACCCCUCCUCAACCAACGUCUUUACCCACGCCGCCAAGUACGAUACAAAAUCGGUCUUUUGCCAAUCUCGCUCGUUUCUUCGGUAUUGGUUCGACAACUUCAUUCCCGACAGAUGACGUACCCACUGAAACAACUGAUCCAGAGGUUGAGGAAGAUGAGACAGAUGAAGAGAGUCUCAUGUGGCAAGCUCAGACGGCGUUAGUCUCACAUCAUCCUCAAAUUGCCAUACAAGCAUAUACAACGGCCGCUCUUCCACCUCAUCGAUCACCUUCAGCAUGUUUGGCAUUGGGAAACCUUUUAACUAGAGGGACGGCUUUUGCAGAACCUCGAUCGACUUUGAAUCCUCUUGAGGACAUCAAAAGCAAGAGAAAAGCCGAUACGAACGAUAAUCGUUUCAGCAACGUCGUCGUCUCGGAUAGAAUAUCCGGAGAACCACCACCACAACAAAAUCUUACUCACAAGCCUACAGGAUUGAGAAGAAUGAUUAGCUUCUUUUAUCCCCCCUUACCAUCUCCGACACUUGUCACUCCUCCUCUGUCUCCACCCCCAGAGAGGAGAUUUGAUCUUGCCACCAAUGGUUGGACCAUACCUAAGGAAGGCAAACGAGCAGUCCGUGAUGCCAAGGGUAUGGGCAUAGCAGGCGGGUGGUUGGUUCUCGGCAUUGGGUGGGUGGUUGAUGUCGUCAAUGCUUCUUUGACUCGAAUCGAUAUCAUCAGUGGAACAUCAGAGGAUGAAGACGGAGUGAUGGUUUUCGACGUCAAGUCCAAGGGAAGAGCGCGAGGAGGUACGGAGUUUGUUUCCAGGAUCCAACAUUCUGGCGACACAAAACGAACUAUACGAUCUUCUGAAUCUGCCAAUACCCUAGGAUCUUCAAAUACCAGUAUGACGGAAACGGAGACGAGCAAGACUGAAGAUUCUACACGAGUAGCAGAUGAUCUUGACCCUCGUAGACGAAGUACACUCGGUUCUGAAUUUGAACGUCUAAACCUUCUCUACGAUCUCCUCGUACCUCUUCUUCAUUUGUAUCGUAAUGGUCAUAUCCAAGCACAUGAUCCCGUUGCUCUACCUCCUAUCUCCCCAUCUCAACUUCCUCUGGUCCUUCAACCUCAAGGUGAUCUGGAAAAAGGUCGAAACGUUUGGCAUUUAGGGAAUGUCGUGGCCACCCGACUCAUGCAGCUACGCAUCAUGACCCCUCGAAGCAGUAUCGUCAAGGAUAGGAUAGAACAGCGACGUAACGGAGUGACCAUUAUGGCUACCUACCUCCAAGCAAUGACCUCUCCUCCAUCUUUGGCUGAACCACUCUUCCGAUCUGUUGUUUCCUUCGGAACUUGCGGUCUAACUUUACCUGAUCAACUAGUUCAUCAAGCCGCCAAACGAUUAGAUAUAAUCCUUCGUUCUCCUCUACCAUCCCCUUCCAUGUCAUUACUCAGGAACACCUCUGAUGGUUAUCCAUUCCCUCCUCUACAAUCUAUCCCUACACGGACACACAAAAAGACCACCAGUACAUUGAGCAAUAUCAGUAUGAUGAGCAAAGGCAAGAAGAAUAAAUUCGACUUGAGACAUAGGAUACCAAGUACGACUAGUAUGUUAUCUUUGAGUAGUAAUUAUCUCACACCUGUUAAAUCAUCUGCUUCUUUGGUUUCUUUAUCUACAGUGGAUGUCGAUUGGACACCUUCACGUGGUGUUAUAACCAGUGCCGAUAGUCUCAGGAAAAUCCAACAAAAUCAACAAGAUCAACUUGCCCCAUUCUCUCCUCCUACACCCAAAAACGACUCUUUUCUCAAACCAUCACAUUCACAACAAACUCUUGCUCUACCUUUACCAUCACAAUCAUCCUAUCAUCCUCAACCUAUCUCGUACGAGAGCAAGCGGAUAGUGAAAACUCCAGUCCAAGACCGAACGGAGAUCUCUCAAAAUCAAAGCGAACAUCAGAUACAAGGUACAGAUCCAGUGUUAGCGGCAGUCGAACUACGUUCAGCACUUACCAAACAUGUUUUAUGUUCUGUCUGCGGAUCGAGAGGUGUGAAUUUACCAGAAUGUCGGAAAUGUGGAUUGGUAUUUUGUUCUAGAGCAUGUAGGGUAGAUAUCGAUAAAGCUGGUGAUGGGAAAAGACAUGUGUGUGGGGUAUGGGAAAGAAAGAGGUUUUUGAGUGUUCCUUCUGUAGGAAGAAGGGGUAGUAGAUUACAAAAUGUUGUGGUUAGUGUUUGUUAAAUGUUUCCAGGUGGUUCUUUCGACAUGAUACAACAUACAAUCCGGUGAUGGAAGGUACGUACGAGAUUUCUGAGUAUGAAUGUAUGCAUGUAAUGUUUU